CUCUGAUCCCCGUGUCCCCGCCGUAGGUCCCGAUGGACGUGCUGCGACCCCCUCUGCUCCGCGUGGGAGGGCGCGUGUACCGCGUGAACCCCGUGCGGGAGCCCGAACUCUACCCCGGGGGUUACGAGGAAGAGGAGAGGGAGGAUGAGGAGGAGGUGUUGGGCGAGGAGGAGGAGGACGCCGCGGAUGGCGACGGGCAGGGUGAGACUGGCAAGGCGCUGGAGCGCACGGACAGGGGCUAUCGCUGCAGCCUUCACAUGCCCAGCGCCUUCUUCAAGUACGUCAUCGGCAGGAAGGGGGAGACGAAGCGCAGGCUGGAGUCUGACACUCGCUGCAGCGUCACCAUCCCCCGCAUGGGCACAGAGGGGCCCGUGGUGGUGUGCGGGGAGUCUCGCUCCUCCGUGCUCUCGGCGUGCUCCCGCGUGGAGCUGUUGGUGAGCGGCGCCCGUGAGCGCGAGGCCUGGACCCACUUCGUGUGCCUGCCGCUCGGAACGACGGCCCUCGCCGAGGGGCUCGGCGCGCUGCAGCACGCCGUCACCGCCGGGGGGGCCGGCACGCGGAGCCAGGGCUUCCACGUGUCCAUGUUCCAGUCAGCCCGCCGCCUGCACCUCACGCUGGGCACGUUGGUGCUGCUCAGCGCCGCCGAGGUAGAGGCGGCACGACAGCAGCUGCAGGCCGCCAGCGCCGUCGUGCGGGAGGUGCUGGGCGACGUGGCGUUGCACGUCGCUCUGCGCGGUUUGGAGUUCAUGAACGACGACCCAGCCGUGGUGGACGUCCUCUACGCACAGAUCCACUCACACGGCGACCGGCUGCAGAGGUUGGCUGACCGCCUGGUGGAGCACUUUGUGGCGUCGGGGCUCAUGGUGAGGGAGCGUCAGAGGGUGAAGCUGCACGCCACCGUCAUCAACACGCUCUACCGCAAGGGCGAGGGGAGGCCUGGAGGAGAGCCUAGGCCGCAACGUGCACGGGAGGCGUUCGAUGCCCGGGAAAUACUCAAGGAGUUUGGGAGCUUUGACUUUGGGGAACUGCGCCUCUCCUCCGUCGAGAUUUACCAACGCGGGUCCACGGAUCCCAGCGGGGCCUACGUCAGCUGUGGCUCCCUCCCCUUGCCCGGGGGCCCCGACCAUGAAUAAAUACCCUCCUGCUGGGGCCCCGACCAUGAACAAGUCCUCAGCUCCUCCUGAGAUGUGGAUAUCCCUCUCAAAGUUCAACGUUCAAAUCCAGUAACCACCCAACCACUUGAGCACCCAACCACCCACACACUUAACCACCCACCCACUUAACCACCCACUUACCCACCCACCCAAUUACCCACCCAACCACCCAC